AUGACGUCUUUUUAUGACUGGCAGCCAGUAGCAGACAUUUAUGAUCCCAUAGCUGUUGGUAGCAUAGAUGCUACAGACACCGAACCACAUGAUCAUGCAAUAAUUAGGGCACUAAAUUCAGUGUACAAACCUAAUAAGGGCGUCGAAGGGGACCCAGAAAGAACCAUUUUUGUGGGGAGGUUAAAUCAUACCACUGAUGAAGCUAAAUUGAAAGAAUUAUUUGAUGGACAUGGCAGGGUAGAAAAAUGUCGACUGGUUCGAGACAUAGUGACAGGUUCAUCAAAAGGUUAUGCCUUCAUCGAGUAUGCCCACAGAUCAGAUGCAAGAGCUGCCAUCCAUAAUAUGAACCACAAAAUUUUAGAUGAUCGAAGAAUAAUUGUAAUGUUUGAGUGCGAGAGAGUCAUGAGUGGCUGGGUACCUCGAAGAUUGGGGGGUGGUUUUGGGGGUAGAAAAGAAUCAGGGCAGUUGAGGUUUGGAGGUGUGGAAAGGCCAUUUAGGAGGCCCAUCAUUGUUCCU